GUACAGUAGUUGUACCACCUUGGCUACUGUAGCAUGGGGGGCACUCCCACGUCAGUGUCCGACGUGUACGCCGUUCGGUUAGACGAGCUCAGUUCCAUCGUUGGUGUCAUCGAGUCGGACCUUGUUGCCGCACUGCAGCAGGAGGAGGUGGCUGUGGACGUGGCGUACACCGAUCGUCCGUCCGUGUCGCCGCUGGGAGGCGGAGCAGGUUCGUUCAAAGGGUUUGCUGUUGGUGUGGACCAGUUGGUUGCGGUGCAGCCGCCGCUGUCGAUUCCCACAAUCGAAGCCCCCACAACAGAAGCGUCGUCAUGGCUACUACUGCAGGCACCACCAAGGCACAACUACGGCACGGCCAAAUCGAGGCUUAAGACUGUGGUGAGAACCAUCGGUCGAUUCCAAUUCCUCGGCAAGCAGCGCCUCGCGAGACAGCGCAACACGUGCUUGGACGGCGUGCACCGUUUGGAAGUGACGCUGCACACUCCUCGUGUCCGUGACCCUUCGACGACAUUGCCAUGGCCGGUGACGCCCCGCAGCCCCAUCGAUCUGUGCCAUCUGGCCUACAUGAUUCCAAUGGUCCCGUCGUCGUCCUCUCCGCGGCAGCAGUCUUUCCACCAACCAAAGCAUCCCCAUCAGUACAUCCUAGCAGUCCAGGCAUCGCCAGACGAACCCGACUGUGCAUCGCAUAUCCAAGGCGGCGGCACACUCCUGCGGCAGUUGUCCAACUUAGCCACGCUGCCGCCAUCCCAUGUGACCAACGUGACGUUGGAAACCAUCCACGACAAUAACGCCGCGACUAUCGGCGUCCAUGUGACAGUGACCAAGCGCGUACCGGUGGCUGGCUACGUCUUGUUGAUCGCGGCCCUUGUCACGAUCUCGUCGCUGGGGGCGGCGCUGGACCUGCAGCAACAAGUGGACCCGUUCGUCAAGCUGUUCUGGCGCACUACGGCGUCCAUAAUUGGCUUUCUGCCGUUUGCGGCCUACGGACUGUACGAGCGCGGAUGGCCCAAGUGGACGUUGCGACUGGUGGGUUGGUUUGCCGCCUGCUCCGUCGCGUACGCGCUGUUCCUCAUGACGUUUCUCUGGGCGUUGAAUCACACCACGAUCGGCCACGCGUACAUUUUCAACAACUGCCACUCGCUGUUGAUUGUCAUGGGAAAGUUCGUGCUGGGGUAUCCCGUCGUGUUGUUUGAAAUCGUGGGGUCCGGUCUGGGACUCGUCGGUGGUGUGGUCACAACCUUGGAUCAUGCCAGUACGAGUAGACCGGACAACAUAGCUUCGUUGGUCGUGCAGGCGUCGUGGCAAGGGGACGUGGUGGCGUUGAUCGGGGCUGUCGGUGGCGUGUUCUACCUCCUCACAGCCAAGAAACUUCGCCAAGAGAUGGACGUGUUUGUGUUCAUGACGCUGCUCUUCGCCGCCACAGCGCUGCUGCACAUUCCAGUGUUUUACGCGAUGGACAUUGACGUCCGAUGGACGACGGAUCACCACGUCGGGUGGUUUGGGUGGGUGCAGCCAGACAUGCUUGGCGUCGAAUUGUACCUGGUCUUUGUAUGCACGAUCAUUGGCACUGUCGGGUACAUCAGCGUGAUGAAGUAUUUUGACCCGAUUGUCGUGAGUGUGGUCAUGUUGCUCGAGCCCGUCUUGGCCACCGCGAUGGGCGUGUUUGUCGGCGUUGACGCCGUUCCUGGCUUCCUGACUUGGAUAGGUGGGUCUUUGGUCAUCCUUGGCACGGGCCUUGUCGUGCUGGCAUCAGCCAACAAGAUCGAAUCACAUGACGUGUCGGAUGCAAUCCACAAGACACCAAGCACUGCCACUGUGUACAGCUGCAAGUUGAAGGCAUAGAGAUACAUGUGUGUGUUUAUAAUGAGUACAAGUGUGAAGCCUCA